AUGGCCACAAACUUGCAGUCCCCGGCCUCAAUGGUCCACCCAUCGCCGGUACCAUCCCGACCUCGUGCUAUAUCGAAAACGAGAUCGAGAUCGAAACCAUCUUUGCGCCGGCAAGAUUCCUCCCCGCCACCUUCCUCCCCACCUGGUCUGCCGACGCCUGCAUUCUCACCGGACGGAAUCAGCGGACAAAGUGACGACGAUGAUGAUUUUGUUGAAAAUACAUUAUCGCCCUUUGAUCCGCGCAGGAUCACCCCGACUCUCCAUGCAUCUCUUGUUUCAGAGAUUCUCGCAUUACGACGCGAUAUAGAAAGCAAAACCAAGGCUAUCGAUGUAUUGGAAGAAAGUUUGGACGAGUCGAGGACGGAAAAUGAAACAUUAACCGCGAAUUUGUCGCAAGCCACUCAAGAUGGACGAUCUUUGAAACACCAAAUUCAAUUACUAGAAGGAGGGACAUCAUCUGCGCUCACGGAGCUGGCCCGGGAGCGCGAUGAAGCGGUCGAAAACAUCAGCGAUGUUCGAAAGAAGCUUGAGCAGGCGCAAAAGAAAGCUCGCAGCCGGGAACAUGAAGUUGAGCAAACACAAUCAUUAUACGCGCGCGAUCAAGAGGUCUGGGCAAGUGAACGUCGAACGUUGGAGCACAAGGUCAACGUGGUGGAAGGUCGACUGAAGACUGUCUUGAGUGAAGUCGCAGCCGCCCAGGAAGCGGGAACCCUCCAUUCUCAUCCGAGUGAGAAUGGUGAGAUCGCUCGCGAUAGGACUAAAGGAAGCGAUACCGCCAGUAUCGCUUCUAGUAGCCUGGGUCGCCGGCGCACGAGUGUAACCACCGUUAGCUCCGACGAGGGCGAAGAAGCGGCCAAUUAUCGCAACGCACGGUACUCUGUCAUGAGUAUGGCUCAUGGUGUGAAGAACGAUUCUGGCUUGAACUUGGCGGAGGAAUUGGCAUUUGAUGAAGAGGACGAUUUUGUUCAAUCUGAUGACGAUGAUAGGCCCGCCUCCCCCGAAGCUCUGCCCGAGGAACGCCCAGCAUCGGUUCACUCACAGGCAUCUUAUACUGUGGCUUCCAAGGCUAGGAGGAUUCUGGGUCUUUCCAUUCAAAGCUCUGAUUCUGUCAAUGGUGCUGAUUUCCGUGCUCGAGAACUCAGUAGCCCUAAGAAAUUGGACGAACUCCCAGUUCAAUACCGCGAUAUGGGUAUUCAGUACUCACCUCCGCCUUCUCCUCCAGUGUUACCCAGGUUCGAGAUACAGGAUGUUCCUAGGUCCUUAGAAACACUUUCGGAGCAUAACCACGACGACCGUGUGAAAAUCUCUAAGAUGAAGGAUAGUUCCACUCUCACAAUCGCAGCUGAAAUGGUCUCUUCAUCUUGUCAAACCAUGGACGAACUGCCUAGUCCUCCUUGGACACCCAAAGUUGCAGACUCGCCCCCGCAAUCUGUUGAAUAUAGCCCAGAGCCUGUGCAAAUGGCAUCGACAUCUACUCAAACCGAUUCUGCCCAAAAGCCAGACGCUCGCCGGAAAGAUCUCAACCUAUCACCGACUGAUGUUCCAUCUCAAAUGGACAUUCCUAUGAUUGCCAUACACCCGCCUGGCUCAGAGCCUCCUUCACCUCGGAACAGUGUUGUCCUUCCGCCGCAAACCAAGAAUGUGUCUUGCCAAGCCAACUUCCGCCCAGUUGUUGAAAGUCGAUCCGUUUCCGUUCAAACCGAAGGGAUUCGUGUCGACCAACGCCCGGUCAAGCUUCCCGCGAGCCUUCUUCCAUCUGCUAUUUCGGAUAUUCUGCCACGUCCUGAAAGCCGAGAUUCCAGCAUCGAGGCAUACCCUGUACCGCCAAUCCCACCACGGUCCGCAAAGCGAACUCAGAGGGCUUUGGCUACAGACCGUCCCGUGAAGCCUCCAAGAGCACCUCUAUUGGACCAUGUGCAAGCCUACCCAGGCCAUAACAACGACAACGGGCCACUCUCAGAGGAUGCUGUGUCCGGAAUUCGACGACCAUUCCGAUCCAGCAGUCUCUUUGCUGGCUUCGACCACAAUAGCGAAGAUGAAGGUCGCCAUAUGGAGCGUGACGUCUUUACGGACGAUGAGCUUCUUAACCGUCCAUUCGCUGCAUACACUAUCAGCCGCGGCAAGCUUGUGAAUUCCAAGUCAAGACCCAGCUUGGACGACAUGGCUCUCCCUGAAAUUGACGAGCAGCUAUCAGAUCCCGACUCAAAACCCCCUGAUAUCAGCCGCGGGCCUUCUCGGGCUACCCGAAGAUCUAGCACGACCACUUCUAGUAGUCGCCAACCUGGCAUGCGCAAGAUGGCCAUUAUCUCCAGUGGCACGGCUGCGCACCAGAAGAUCCGCUCUCGCAGUCCCAGUGAACCAAGUCUCGAUGGUGGCAGUGUAACUUCAAGCAUUGCGCCACCAUUCCCCGUUCCUAUUCGCCUGAGCUCACGCAAAGUUCCGCUCAACGGCAGCGACGGGCCCCCGAGUCCGACCCGCUCAGCUGGUAGGCAAUUCUCAGAUCGGGGUCGCCAACCCCUCGCCCGGCGACCAACUCUCCGUCGAGUCCGUUCUGCGGCAGCAAUGUCACAGUCGGACCUUACAGAACGACCUGAGACUAGGUCUUCCCCUACACGGUCAAGCUCAUCCUUUGCUCCUGAUAGCCCACCCUAUCGGCCCCCACCCAUGCCAUUUGAUGAUAUUACGGUACCCCGUCAGUGGCGCGCAACUCAAAGACGUGCCUCUCACCGUACUAAUCCAUCUAACAACUGGAGCACCCAUGAGCGUCAGGAUCAUGAGAGGAAGGAUUCUAUUGGUGGCGUUCAGCCCACCAGUGUUGUUGAUGCUAUUGCCCAAACCAUGGUGGGCGAAUGGAUGUUCAAAUACGUCCGUCGACGCAAGUCUUUUGGAAUGGGCGAGUCCAAGGAUAACUGGGAGGGCAAGAAUCCCGAUGAAGUAUCGGCACAUAUCACGAGCAGUGGGGUCCGGCACAAGAGAUGGGUAUGGCUUGCACCUUAUGAAGGCUCCAUCAUGUGGAGUAGCAAACAGCCCACCAGCGGGCCAGCCUUGCUGGGCAAGAGUGGCCGAAAGUUCACCAUCCAAUCAGUUCUAGACGUCAAAGACGACAAUCCCAUGCCAAAGGGCACAGGCUCUGCUACUCCAUUCAAUCGCUCCAUUCUGGUCUUAACCCCCCAGCGAGCUCUCAAAUUCACGGCUCUGACCAUCGAACGACACUACGUCUGGUUAACAGCCCUAUCUUUCCUAAGCCAUUCCUCAAUGGGCCUGCAAGAACUAGCAUCCCUACCUCCAAUCCCCCAACAAGAAGGCUCUGCAACACCACCAACAGCCACACUCCGCAGGAACCCAAUCCGUGAUUCUAUUCGCGUGGCGAAAGGUCGGCCCCGCCCCAUGCCAAAGGGUAAACGCUCCUUCAACAGCGCCGGCGCACCAGCACCAGUCCCCGAAGUCCCGAACGGUAGCAUCGACCUCGCCGCCGAUGCACCGCACGUUCCCCGCUUCUCCUCUCAUAAUCGCAAGCGCAGUAACACCGCACCCCGCCCUCCGGCUCUGCACGCCCUACGCAGCUUCUCCAGUCAAGGUACUAUGCCUUCAUCACAUAGCGGGACAACCAUCGGCUCUCCAGAACUCUAUUUCCCUCCCAUGCCACCUCCAAGUCUCCCACCAGGCAUUGGGAGCCGUCGCAGCAGCGUCAGUCGCCGGACCUCUGAAGCCAGCGGCCGCGCCUCUAGUGCCGGACAGAGUAACAUGUUUGAUAUGGGCACUGUUCGAAUGGAAGCGUUCAUUGAUCACCAUGCUGAGCAGAUUAAUCGGCCGCCGCCACGCCAGCGUUCGCGCCAUGUUCGCCAGACUUCUAGUCAGUGGAGUCAGGCCCGCUAUGAUUUUGAUGCACCUUCUAUCCACGGCAGCGAGAUGUCUUUCCGGCCUGAUGAUCCAUUCCGCGGAUUCUAG